GAAGGAAUGGUUCAGUUUCAGUUUUCCCACUGUACCCAUCAUCAAACACACAAGUAAUAUCAGGAAAGAUAAUGAAGUUGGGUGGUGGAGUGGGUUUCGGAUGUCCACGCGUCGUCGCAUUUCCCGGCAUUUUGUUUGGCCGCUGCAGACCAGCAUUCCGAUGCUAUUCCUCUUCUUCUUCGUCUCCAGACCAUGUUUCAUUUAUCAAAGAUGUAGCUGCAACUCAAGCACCGGAGCAUUUGAAUGAACUUCUCAAGAUCCUUCAGGUGAGAGGUGAGGAGAUAAUUUCUCCUGGUGCCAAGCAAGGGAUGAUUCCUCUAGUGAUUCCUCUUUCCCGAAGGAGUUCAGAUUCUGUAACUGCAUUGUUACGAUGGCCAACUGCCCCAUCUGGGAUGGAGAUGCCAUUAGUAGAAGUGCGCAAGUAUGGUGUGUGGCUAUUAGCUAAGAAUGUAGAUCAAUACAUUCACAGGGUUUUGGCAGAAGAAGAUGCAAAUGGUCAUCAAGAAAGAGCGGAUGAAUUGUUCCAGAUUUCAGCUGGUGCUGGAAAGAAACUUUAUGAGAAGGGUGACUUUAGAGCAUCAAAUAUUUCAAGCUUGGAUACUUAUAUACUGAAGAAGGUUGGCUUGUUUCCAGAUGUACUUGAGCGCAGAAUUAAGAAGCAUUUUGACAAUGGAGAUAAUAUUUCAGCUUUGGUAACAGGAGAAUUUUAUACAAAGAAGGAGCAUUUUCCAGGAUUUGCGCGGCCUUUUGUCUUUAAUGCUGAAGUUCUGCUGAAGGUUGGGCGCAAUAUAGAAGCUAAAGAUGCUGCUAGGGGGGCUCUAAAAUCACCAUGGUGGACUUUGGGUUGCGAGUACCAUGAAGUUGCUUAUAUGGCUGAAUGGGAAGAUGAACAAAUCGAGUAUAUCAAAGAAAAAGUAACUGAGGAGGGUAGGCAAGCUGAUCUAAAGAAAGGGAAGCAACCUGCUCAGGUUGCAUUGGAUGAAGCUGCUUUCUUGUUGGAUCUAGCUUCCAUUGAUGGUACAUGGGACGAUUGUGUGGAAAAGAUUGCUGAAUGUUACAAGGAGGCGGGGCUGCAUGAAGUUGCAAACUUUGUGGUUUACAGAGACUGAAUUACCAGUCACUUCACUGAAUAUUAGACAUCUUACACUAGACUCCCUGCGAGUCCUAGUUAUUGGCCUAUCAGUUUUGGUUCUAGCAGAGUGUACUCUAAUUCUCUCCAGUCGAACAAGAAGAGACUUUACUGCAGUCCUUUUAAAUAUGCACCCCCAUCUUGGUCUCUUCUCUCACACUUCAAUUGUAAUAGACCGAAAAAUAAAAAAAUAUGUAAUGAAUAGCUUGCAUUGAAGUUGAAGCAGGUGUGAAGUAUGGUUCACAAUCCGAACAUCUGUUUACAAGCUAUGGUUAUAAAACAAAGAACCACAUGUCAACAGGAAAAUACUCAUGCUCAGUCAUAUCUGAUUCCCUUUGCAUUGUGCUAUUAAUUCACUUGGGUUUCUCAUA